GAUACGCGUUUUGAAGCAAAAAUUGAAUACACAUUGCACACAGAAUCAUAUUGAUAUUUUGCCGGCUUCUUUUAGUUACGAGGUAAAUAGAAUAGUUAGUUAAUUCACGUGUGGAAAAAAGUGACCUAGUCACUAUUGACUAACAAACAAAUUAACAAAUCGGACACAAGCAAAUCAAUAUGGCCACCAAACGACGUCGACGUGGUGAAAUUGAAGAAAACGACAGCGAUUCUAAAUCCGAAACCGAUGACGCUUCUGAGAAAGAUUUUCGCUGGGACAAUGGAAAUGAACUUGUAAUGUUGUACGAAAUUCGUGCUGUUUCCUUUCGCAAUGAUGAUUCCAGUGAUGAUGAAGAUGGAACGUACGAAUGCCAAAUGAAUGAAAAUGCCUGUGCAAAGUUGUACAACGAUCGCGAAACGUCAGACGUGGAAAUUUUUAUAUCGUCGCGUCCAGACUCCAGACCUCGAAAAUCUACACCAGGAGGGUGGCCGUGUUCAUUAUUUUACGCACACAAAUCCAUUUUAGCUUCAGCUAGUCAAAUGUUUCACGAUAUGUUUUAUGGCCCAACAAAGAAGGAAGGUGACAUCAGGAUUUACAACAUAUCGCCCGACCCAUUCGAAGAAUUUCUUCGAUGCUUCUACAUGCGCAAUGUAUCAUUUAAAAUGGGCAAUAUUGCUGGUGUUAUGAAAUUGGCGAAAAUUUUCGUUGCACCCGAUUGUAUGAAAACUUGUGUAGAUUUUCUGAAUAAAUGUACACUAUCGCCCAAAAACAUUUUUGAUCUGAUAGAAUUGGCAAACGAAUACGAAAUAACGGAAUUGAAACAACGAUGUGACGAGUGUAUUACUUCAAAUAAAAUGGAAAUGAUAAUACAACACGAUGAUUUUCUUUAUCGAGAUCGAUACACACUAAAGAAAAUACUACAGUUGAAUCUGUUGGAAUGCGACCAGAAAAUCAUAUUCGACAGGUGUAUAGCUUGGGCUAACUGCAAAAUUGAUUACGACACCAGGGGAGGUUCUGGAAAUGCUGAAAAUAAAGGUCAACUGUUAAGAGAGGCGCUGGGCGAUUGCAUUUAUUUGAUUCGAUUCAACCGAAUGACGAUUGAAGACUUCAAAGAACUUGCAGUAAAAUAUGAAGGAUUGUUCACUGCUGCCGAAUUGAUUGAUAUCACCCAAUCCAUUAACGUAAAUGGAUACGAAUCCGAAUUUUUCAGACAAUAAUUUGCAAUUGUGACUUAAAUCACCCGAAAAAUAGUUAGUAAGCGCUUACACUUAAAAAUAUAAAGAAGAAUUCCCGUGGAAUUAUUCCAGAGUCCAAAUCCAAACAAUGAAUUUCAAAUCAAAAUGCCCAAAACAUAAAAUAUAUAUGCUUAAGUUCAUUCAACCGAACCCAAAAAUAAACCAAACAGAUGCGAAU